CCCUUCAGUGUUUUCUAAGAGGUUCUUCAGUCAAGCAGCCAGAGCCUGUAAACCUUCCCUGAGUUUGUGAAAUCUCAGUCCUUGAUCUGCUUCUACUCUGACAACAGAAAGAGAAGUAGCCAAGCAUAAAAGGCAUAGCUUCUGCUGAACAAGAGCAGUAGCAGACUACAAGGAAAGAGGCAAUGUCUUCUGAAACAGGUCAACAGGGAAGUCAGACACCUCCAAUAAAACAGCCUGGAUGGCCAAUGUUAUUUUGUCCCAUGUCCCAAAUUCAAGACAGAGAGAUUGCAAGGAUCAUUAAAGAAUGCAAACAGGAAAGUUUCUGGUACAGAGCUCUUCCUUUAUCUCUUGGGAGCAUGCUUGUCACCCAGGGGCUAAUCUCAAAAGGCAUUUUCUCAGCAAGCCCAAGAUUUGGUCCAUACCCCAAGAUGGCAAUUGCCAGUGUCUUGGGUUUUGCCAUUGGAAGGAUGUCAUACAUGGGAGUAUGCCAGAAAAAGUUUCAGAAAAUUGGUAUUGCACCAUUUGGUCCACAACAAAAAAGGAAGUGUCAUCAUACUUGCAAAGAAUGCAAAGCAAAAUUGGGAUCAAAUGAGAGAGAAGGUUCAAGCUCUUCAGCAACUUAGUGCCAGGGGCUCUGGAAUGUUCUCAGAGAAAUCACCAAGGAGCUCCACGUUUCACAUUGAGAGCAAGGUGGCACUCAUAUAAAUAACAGGUCAUUUUAUUCUGUUUACAGAUGUGGUGAACAUGAUUAAAACUUUUUGGACCAUCUUCUUUCAAGGCACUUUCCUGUAGACUAGAAAUAAUAAUUUUGUGAUUCUGUCUCUUAGAUUUGGUAUAAAUUGACUUAUUUGAAAUAGUUGCAUAUUGUUACAAAGUUCUGUUUGUACAAAAUACCAGUUUUUUGAAAUGCACUUUUUGAAAUACACUCCUCUCUUUUCAGCACACACUGGUUUAUUAACCUCUCUUCAGUGCAAUUUAGCUCUUACUGCUGAUAAAUUACAUUUGUCUAUUGUAUUUAGAUGCUAGCAAUGCUUUGUGUAACAGACAAAGUGGUUUAUGUUGGAAUGUUUGUCUCUGUCAAACAGAAAGGGUGUGAGGAUGUUUAAAUGGUUUGCACAGUGGAGCAGCUAUCCAGUCUCUGAGCUGACCCCUUGGUUAUGGAGUACUUUAAGAGUACCAAAUUCAGGGUAUUGUCAGACUGCAGUUACUGUGCUGAACCAACUUCCCAUAAGCCAGUUUUACACAAAGGGCCGCUUUGCCAGGGAUACCAAAAUCAUGAACAAGAACACACAAUAUUUUGGAACAAUUUAUGGUUGCAUAAAAUCUGAGGCCACCAGAUGCUGAGAAAACCCCAGAUCUAGAUGGCACAUGCUCUCUACAAACAGCAGGACACACAGUCUUCCAUGAAACAUCUCAGCAAAUCAAAAGGAGGCAUUUCCCCUAAACACAGUGAUGGCUUUCAUAUGGAAAUAAAUGCAGCUACUGAAAGCUUGGGCUUUGCUGUCGAUGAAGACUGUCUUCUGUGGGCUUUUUCUGUUUGCUUUUAUACAAUGCCUGUGGUUAGUGCUCCUCUUUUGAACUAGCUUCUGUGGGCAUCUUUACGUCGACACAAAUUCUGCAAGCAAAAUAUAUAGUGUGGAAAAGUGUAAUGUAACUAUUAAUUGGUUAGUAAACACAAAAGAGAUUCUGGAUUUGACAAAGUGAUUAGACUGAAUACUCAACUCCCUGAUAAAGCACUUGGAUAGCCUUUCCUAGUCAAGCAAGAGGGCUUUCAAGCCAGCAGGCAAAAGGGGAAGGAUUAGACUGACUGACCUCCCUGUUCUUUUUUUUACUAUAAGAUUUUAUACUUUUCUACUUGGUGUUUAGCCUCUUGAAUUCUUUAGCUACUAAGAACCCCAGUCUCAACAGGGCUUCAAUUUUACACUUGUUACUUUUAUACAGUAUUUUUGCAGCGUUUUCAAUGGGAGUCGGGGAUACACAGCAGUGCUGUGUCACAGCUGCUGCUCUGUACAGGCAGGUGAGCCUUGGAGAGCCUUCCACAGGGCCUCCAGGGAGAAGGGCUUACACAACCACUGAGAAGGCGACCUCCUUUGUGAAAAUCCUGUGUUGUCAUGGGUGUGCUGUGAUAGCCACCAAAACUUGCAUGGUGACAUGUCUGAGCUACUUCCCUUUCAUCUGUCAUCUGCUGUCAAGAUAACAGCCAGAAGCUGCACCAGGGUUAGUCGUGCCUGGGUUAUCUGAGGGAAGCCAUUACAUCCAGGUGACGCCAAGGAGGGCGAUGCCUGUGACAGACCUUGCAUGUCAGACUCAGAGGCUGUUCUUGUGGUCAGUGUUACCUCUUGGGAUUACAAUUUAGCUGCUGGACAUUGCUUUACAUGUAAUUUUGUAUUUUUAACAUGUACUUUUUGUAUUUUUUACUUUUGAUUAUUUUUCUGUAAUAAAUAUACUGAUGUAUAAAA